GGGAGCGCUGCCGAGCCUCCGCCAGCCGCGCUCCCCACGCCGCCCGGCACCGCCACCGUAGGGAGAGGCAAGGCAGGGAGAACCAAAUCCUCUCUCUCACGCCAAUCCAUGAAAAUGCUUUGGAAACUAACGGAUAAUAUCAAGUAUGAGGAAUGUGAGGAGCGCCACGACAGUACCAGCAACGGGACAGCCCGGCUACCCCAGUUGGGGACCGUGGGUCAGUCUCCCUACACCAGCGCCCCACCGCUCUCCCACACCCCCAACGCCGACUUCCAGCCCCCUUACUUCCCCCCCCCUUACCAGCCCAUCUACCCCCAGUCUCAGGACCCCUACUCCCACGUGAACGACCCGUACAGCCUCAACCCCCUCCAUGCCCAGCCACAGCCCCAGCACCCAGGAUGGCCGGGACAGAGGCAAAGCCAGGAGACGGGGCUGCUCCACACGCACCGGGGCUUGCCCCACCAGCUCUCGGGGCUCGACCCACGCAGGGACUACCGGCGGCACGACGACCUGCUGCACGCCCCGCACGGGCUGGGCUCGGGGCUGGCCGACCUGCCCCUCCACUCCAUCCCCCACGCCAUCGAGGACGUGCCGCACGUAGAAGACCCCGGUAUUAACAUCCCAGAUCAAACUGUAAUUAAGAAAGGCCCCGUGUCCCUCUCCAAGUCUAACAACAACGCCGUCUCCUCCAUCCCCAUCAACAAGGACGCGCUCUUCGGCGGGGUGGUGAACCCCAACGAGGUCUUCUGCUCGGUGCCGGGCCGCCUCUCGCUGCUCAGCUCCACCUCCAAGUACAAGGUCACGGUGGCGGAAGUGCAGAGACGCCUGUCGCCGCCCGAGUGCCUCAACGCCUCCCUGCUGGGCGGAGUGCUCCGGAGGGCAAAGUCGAAAAAUGGAGGGAGAUCUCUGAGGGAGAAACUGGACAAAAUAGGACUAAACCUGCCAGCCGGGAGGCGUAAAGCUGCUAACGUUACCUUGCUCACAUCACUCGUGGAGGGAGAAGCAGUACAUCUAGCUAGAGAUUUUGGGUACGUUUGUGAGACAGAAUUUCCUGCCAAGGCAGUAGCUGAAUUUCUCAACCGACAACAUUCCGAUCCAAACGAGCAAGUCACAAGAAAAAACAUGCUUCUAGCUACAAAACAGAUCUGUAAAGAGUUCACCGACCUGCUGGCUCAGGACCGAUCUCCCCUGGGGAACUCGCGGCCCAACCCCAUUUUGGAGCCGGGCAUCCAGAGCUGCCUGACCCACUUCAACCUCAUCUCGCACGGCUUUGGGAGCCCGGCGGUGUGUGCUGCCGUCACCGCCCUGCAGAACUAUCUCACCGAGGCGCUCAAGGCCAUGGACAAAAUGUACCUCAGCAACAACCCCAACAGCCACACAGACAACAGCACCAAAAGCGGCGACAAAGAGGAGAAGCACCGAAAGUGAGGAUCCCCCCCACACACUCUUCUCCCUUCCCCCUCAUAGCCCAUCGAUCCAUUCAUCUCCCUCCUCCCUCUCCCCGGCACCCAGCACCCCAGGCUACAGCAACAGAAUGAGCGUCCUUCUGCCAGUCCUGUUCUCUGACUCUGCAGGACUGCUCUGCCCUCUCUCCACACCCCUUCUUCCCAGCAUCCACAUUUCCAUUUGCUCCUGCUUAAAUUCCCCCCUUCUGCCCACUGUCACCAUCGUUUUACCCCAGUUUGGAGCCUAAGAGAACAGAACAGGGGGACGGAGCCAGCAAAGAAAAAAAGUUCUGUCUUGAGUUUGUGAACUUUUUUUUAAAUAAAACAAAAGGAGGAAAAAAACCAACAAAAAAAUAAAACAAAAAAGAAAAGGACUUUUUUUUUUCUAAAAAUAUAUUAAAAAAAUUUAAAAAAAACAAACAAAAAGAAAUAAAUAAUACUUAAAAAUUCUAUGAGCUUCACCGGACUGAAUCACCACCUUCCCUUACAUAAACUUCGGUUAAGAUUGUAGCCAUACUAAAAAUGAGAAAAAGAAGUGAAAAAGUACAACAGCAACAGGAGACAUACAAAAGGCAAAAAGGACUGAUGACAUUUUAUCAGUAUUGUGAAUAAACUUGAACACAAAACACAAGCAGUUCCAUGUCAUAUCUUCAGUUGUAGAACUUUUUCCUGUCCAAGGUAAAGCGACCAACUUGAACUUUCUAUUGCAACACGAUUCACGGUUAUUAUAUAAGGGAAUCAGUGUUCAUGUAUGUAUAUAUUUAUUUAUGUGUAAUUUAAUGGGAAUUGUAAAUAUGGUGAGUCUGUUUUAAGCCUUUUUUUAUUUAUCUGGUGAUCUCGUUUACCUCUUGUUUAGUGGGUUUUAAAUCUUCCCCUCUUAGUUCAUCAUGUGGUUCAUGGUACUUAUUUAGAUAUCAGAGGUUUUUUGGGGGUUUUUCUCUGGGAUUCAUCAUUUUUAGCCCUGUUGUAGCAUGUUAAAAGCGACAAUGAAGCAGCUGAACAAAUAAAAAACCAUUAAUUUUUAUAUAUAAUUAGUAUGACAUUUAGUUUCUCAUUGAAGAUAAAAUAAAGUGAUGUUGGACCCUGGCAAGGUUUUUAAACAUGUUAGUGGUUUUACAACCCUUAUGUGUUGUGGAAAAUGAAAAAAGUUAUUUUCAUCCACUGUCCUUCUCCCGAAAGCACCAACAGAGCAAUAAAUUAAUAUUGUCUUUUAAAACAAGAUUUAGCUUUACUUUCCUUUUUUCCCCCCUUUUUUUUUUCUUUUUUUCUCCCUUUCUUUCAUUUUAAUUUUUCUCCUUUUUUUUUUCUUUUUUCUUUUAUUUUUCCCAAAGAACUUCAAACAUUCGGGACCACCUGGUAUCCUGUAUUUCCACUGGCCAUAUUGGAAGCAGUUAUAGUUGUGUUGUAUUGAGUUGUGCCGGCAGUAGUUUCCAUGCCUAUCAAUGUAUCAUAGUCCUUUGUUGCCCAGAUAAAUAAAUAUUUGAUACGCUUUAUGUCGAUUUUUUUAUUCAGUAGCUGUCUUUACCCAGGCGUAUUUUUGUUCUUGGCAGUAUUUUUUAUUCAGUAUGGUUACAGUAAUUGAGUUUAACUCUCCCUUGACAAUUGCUCCUUGCAAUAAGCAGCUGAACCCAUUGUUUCCCUCAAGUAUAAUAAAAACUUACUUUCAACUUGGAGUUCAGAGCAGGGUAUCAUUUAGAUAUUCCACUGAGUCUGUAUUCAGACAAAUGACACAAUAAAGCACAAUGUAUUCUUUUGGAUAAAAAAUUGUCUGUACUACUAACAAAAAUGACACACUAUCUUUUC